CGACUCGUCGGGAGAAGUCAUAUUUUACCUCCGCCAAUUUAACUCCAAGAAUCAAACCGCUCUUUCUUCUUUGACAAAAAAAAAAGAAAAAACCGUUAUUUCUUGGCUUCUCGGGUUCGGAUCCUCACUAGCCGAAAAUCCGAUCCUCUUUUUCAGCUCUCUAAAAAUUCGAUUUUGAUCCAAACCAAGCCGAAUUUUUUUUUUCUCUAGGGUUUCUGAAUUGAGAAAAUCAAUCAAUCCAAGACGGAUCGUAAAACAUGUCGGCACUCUUCAAUUUCCAUUCAUUCUUAACGGUAGUGGUAUUGGGAAUCUGCACCUGCACUUACUUGAAGAUGCAAUUCCCAGCAAUCCUUGAACAAAGAACUGGGUUUCGUGGUUUCUUUUGGAAGGCAGCCAGAAUAGGUGAAAGAUUAAGUCCCUGGGUGGCUGUUGGAUGCUUCACAAUGGGUGUUUCAAUAAUAUUUUUCUGAGUGACGAGCGCCAUCCAGUUGUUCUGAAGUGGGAUCCAUUUUUUCCAUGUAGACAAAUGUUUUUCUUGUCAAAAUUUGACAUGUUUAAAGGGUUUGUAUGAUGAUAAGAGUUAUGAUGACACUGUUGCUAGAACUAUAUACAAACUUAUUUGAAAUGUAUCUGAGCAUUCUUUGGCA